AUGAAAAACAUCGCCUGCAUGUUAUUAUGUGUAAUAUCGUUCUGUAGAGGAGUAUAUUCUAAUGGGAUCCCUACUCUUGUUUACGUUGGUUUCGUAAACACUUCUGUAUCGGUUCCUGAGGGAACUGGGCAUGUAAAGUUAUGCGUGUUCAAAUCAGGAUUCGUCCGUGAAAAAAUUGAUGUUUUAUUAAGCACAUCGGACAAUACAGCAAAGGCAGGAGUGGAUUACAUCCCCUUGUAUAAUAAAAUUGUAUCGUUCAAUCCUCCGAGUCCCAAUGCAACAGCAUGCUUCCUUCAAAACAUAACAGAUAACAACAUUACUGAGUAUAACAAGACAUUCUAUAUUACCAUGACAGUCAAUCAUUCUUUUGUCCUAGUGGAACAAGAUCCGCACAAUUUGACGAUCACCAUCAUAAAUGAUGACAAAGUGACCGUAGAGUUUGAAAAAGAAGCAGUGAUUGUCGAAGAAGACUCGAAGGAAGGGAAGGUCGAUCUUGUUUGUAGUAUCACUCAUGGGGUUGCUUUGAUUCCUAUCCAUCUUGAGUACGUAUCUUAUACAUAUAUAUAUUAUUGA